AUGAAACAAGUUUUAACUGAUGAGACAAAGUUUGACACAGCUGCUUUAAGGUACCACAAUGAGACACCUGAAUACUCAGCAGGACUGGUUGCAAUAAUUGGUUCCAUCGGCAAUGGAUUGGUGGUGACCGUUGUUACAAUUCUCCGCCGAAGAGGACAUAAGUCUAAUGUUCAGUUGUUUCUUUUGCACUUGGCCAUCUCUGAUCUGAUGGUGUGCUUGAUGUGUAUUCCUCUGACUCUUUUCAGCAAUUUCCACUACCCAACUAAAUACAGCUCCAUUGAAAACGGAGCUUGCAAGUUUUCACGAUUUGUACAGUACCUGACUCCAACCGUUUCCAUCUCUCUCCUAGCAACUAUAAGCAUUGACCGCUACAUGUCCCUGGCAAGACCUAUGGCCUCCAUUGCCUUGCGACCAAAACUUCUUACACCAUCUUGGAUGAUUCUGCUCGCGUGGCUCUACUCAGUAAUGCAAUUUACACCAACAUUUUACUUCACUGAUGUAAAACCCAUCACAGUUGAAAAAAACAAGACAGUGUAUUACUGCACCACAGUGCCAAACAAUAGUUUAUCUGGAUUGGCUUAUUUGAUGUUUCUUGCAGUGGCAUCUUUUGUGUUACCUUUGGUAACCAUGAGCAUCAUGUAUUACAAAGUCUCACGAGUUGUGUGGAGGAGACAAAGGAACCUUUCUAUUUCAUCCACAAUAAGUGCAAACACCGCUCAUCUUAGUGUGUUGAUACAAUCGAGGAGAAGAGUCAUUCGCGUUUUGCUUACGGUAGUGUUGGUGUUUCUGAUAUGCUGGUCACCAUUUGUGAUCUACUGUGGUUUUCUUGAGAAAACACUCAAGGGAUUCCCUAAUCCUAUGGAUGGAACUAGGCUGGCACUGUAUGGCCUGGGUCUUCUGAAUUCAAUGUGUAACCCUUUUAUCUAUUUUUUCAAUGUUGGAGGAAAAAGAAAUGAUGCUUUGAAAGAUUUGUAUCUUCAGAUUUAUAGUGAAAAUAAAUCGCGGCGUUCGUCAACAAACAGUCAAGGAGGAGAGAGGAAGAGCUCUCGCAAAUUGCAACAGUUUCGACUAAAAAAGAUGGACAGGGAAAAUUCGGUAAAGAAUAAACUUGAAAAGAACAGUGAAAAAAAUAGAAAUAAACUAACUGAUUUUCAAAUUCGAGAAAGCAUGGAAGAACUAUGGCAACCAUUCAGCGUAUGGCCACCAAUUGGAGAUCUUCGAGAGUCUGUGUUGUAGCAUUUUCCUAAAACUGAAGUCAGCAACCGUAAUUUAAAGAUUGAGACUUCCAAAUCUGUGCUUUUUAUC